GCCGCGGCGGUAUUUAUAAGAGAGCGAGGAGAGCUCAGACAGCACGAAGAGUAGCCGGAGCUAUUUCAGCACCAGCGCGACUGGACAGCGACACUUAGCCGCACAAAUCCUACUUUGUAAAUCCAGCUUUGUAACAGCCAUCAUGGUUCUCAUCUGGACCCAGUUCGGUGUGAAGCACAAAAAUGUCAAGUGCAAAGUGCGAGUUAUGCACAGGGGUGACAGCUCGGGCUCAUCAUCAGCGGAAAGCACCAGGUCUGAGCAGGACAUGCCCAGCCUGUCCAUCAAACCCGCAGGCAAAGAUUUCUACAAAGUCCUGGGUGUCUCCCCCGAGUCCAAUGAAGACGAGAUUAAGAAGGCCUACAGAAAAAUGGCUCUCAAGUUCCAUCCAGACAAGAACAGCGAUGCUGAUGCAGAGGAUAGGUUCAAAGAGAUCGCAGAAGCCUAUGAAAUCCUGGCUGACCCAAAAAAGAAAAGCAUAUAUGACCAGUUUGGAGAAGAAGGUCUUAAAAAUGGAAUGUCAGUGGCGGGUCAAAGCAACAUUUUCCGCAGUAAUUUCCACAGCGACCCCCACGCCACCUUCUCCUCCUCCUUCCAGGGAUCCGACCACUUUGACAUCUUCUUUGGCAGUGACACUGAUGGCGAAGAUGACCUCUUUAACCCCUUUAGACGAUUCACCUUCAGUCACGUGGGCGGGUCCGCCGGCAACGAGAGCGGACUGCGAAAAGGCCAGCGGCGCCUGCAGGGUGAAGCGGUGGUGCAUGACCUGCCAGUGACCCUAGAUGAGGUGAUGCAUGGUUGCACAAAGCACGUGAAGAUCACCCGCAGCCGCCUUAAUCCCGAUGGCCGCAGUGUGCGAGCCGAAGAAAAGGUCCUAAAUGUGGUGGUAAAGAAAGGCUGGAAAGCAGGGACCAAGAUCACCUUCCCCAGGGAGGGAGAUGAGACGCCCAACAACAUCCCUGCAGACAUCACCUUCAUUCUCACGGACAUGGAGCACGCUCAGUACAAGAGAGAUGGUCCCAACAUCAUCUAUACAGCCAAGAUCACCCUCAAAGAGGCUCUCUGUGGCUGCACAGUUAAUGUCCCAACACUUGACAACCGGAUGAUGCCUCUGCCUUGCAGUGAUGUUAUUAAACCUGGUGCUGUCCGGCGGCUGAGGGGCGAAGGUCUGCCCAUGCCCAAGAGCCCGUCCCAGCGAGGUGACUUGGUGGUGGAGUUUCAGGUUCUCUUCCCUGACAGGAUUCCACCACAGUCCCGAGAAAUCAUCAAGCACAGCCUGGCGCAGUGCUAGAAUGCUUUGUUUAAACGACAUGACUGACACAGCUUCACCAUGUGUGUAUGUUGUAACCAAUUCACAAACACAGCCUUGCCUAAGGUGCUAAUAUCACAACCAAUCACAACCUCCUAUUGUGUUUGGAACAGCAAGCAGCGCUGAAGUGAGUUGUAGUUCGGGACUUUGUGAGGUCAGGACUUGUUAGGCAUGAUGCACAACAACAACAACUAUGAUGCCAGAUGAGUAGUGAGUUCAGAAUGGGGUCUUUGGUAUCUGAGGGCGUCCACUGACUCUAUAGCCUUUCUCGUGGUUGAAAAGAUCAUCUGUACUGUUAUACUUAUAGCAGGAUAUCAGUGUGCUAUUCAAGUCUGUAUAGACUUCCUUAAAACUGAAUGGUAGAAACAUCUGAAGAAAGAAAAGAACGACUUUAUUAUAGUUAUAUGGUACUCAUAUGACUGAUCUUUUGCAUUGAUUUAUUACAAUAGCAACACAUACUACUUGUGUACAAAGAUCUACUUUGUGUA